AUGGCCAAAAGCCCUCCCCCGGAGUACGUUCGAUUACUAGAGCACUCUUUAUUAUUUUACGAAGCACAACGCUCAGGCCGCCUUCCGACUGAUCAACGCGUAACAUGGCGUCAUGAUUCUGCAUUAUCGGAUGGCUCCGAUGUGAAACUCGAUCUUACAGGGGGUUACUACGAUGCCGGUGAUUACAUCAAGUCAACAUAUCCGUUAUGCUAUACCUUGUUUACGCUGAGUUGGGGCGGCAUCGAGUAUAUGGAAGGCUACAAGAAAGCCAACCAAUUAAACUCUCUAAGAACCAUGCUUAAAUGGGGCACCGAUUGGCUCAUCAAAGCUCAUCCAGAACCCAGUGUUUUAUUUGUUCAGGUCGGCGAUGCGGUGUUGGAUAACAAUUAUUGGGGACCCGAUACAACGAUUCCAUUACCUCGUCCUUCGUAUCAAAUCAAUGCAACCGCUUUUGGUACCGACGCUGCGGCUGCUGCUUCCACAGCCUUUGCUGCUGCUUCUCUGUUUUUCAGAUCCACGGGCGAUUCCGACGAUCAAGCAUACUCCAACACUCUGCUGCAGCAUGCUACACAGCUGUAUAAUGCGUCCAUCAGCAUUCAGCCUUUCAAGCAGUAUCAGGAAUCCGUUCCCGCCGUGAGUGACGUUUACCGAAGUUCAGAUUACCGGGAUGAUCUGAUUUUCGCCAGUUUAUGGAUGUAUCGAGCUACAAACAACAAUGAUUAUUUCCAUAAUGCAGAGUUGUAUUAUCAGAGUUUCAUGUCCAUGGGCCAUACAUUACCCACCGAUUGGGAUGACAAGUAUGGUGCCAUGUACAUUCUUUUUGCCGAAUUGACGCUAAACCAUGGUGAUACUCAGCAAGCGACGGCGCGGCGGCAAGAAGCCGAGCGUUAUCUCGAUGGAAUCGAAUCUUUAAAGACUGCCAAUAUGACGCAAGGAGGCAUGCUGUGGUGGGAUUCUGUGAGCAAUAUCAACAGCCUUGUCUGUGCCCUCAGCACGAGCAAUCUCAUGUUUCUGUAUUCAAAAACAGUCCUCCGACCACUGGCUGCUUCGACGUCCAAUGAAGUCCAUAUUACCAAAGCGCUUAGAUACGAAGCGUUUGCUCAGCGACAGCUUGAUUACGCGUUUGGCAAAAAUCCGUCUCAGCAAAAUUUCAUUGUAGGCGAGCGGCCCAAUUCACCCAAGAAUCCUCAUCACGCGGGCGCUAGUGGCACGGUGGGAUUUCUUCACAUCAACAGCACCACACCUUCGGCCCACAUUUUAUACGGCGCAUUGGUCGGUGGGCCGGAUCGUAACGAUUCAUAUACGGAUAAUCGCACCGAUUGGCGCCACAGUGAAGUGGCGCUGGAUUAUAACGCGCCUUAUCAAAACAUUUUAGCGCAUCAAGCGAUGUAUUCUCCCGUCAAUCCGUUCUAUAUGCCAAACGAUGGUCGUUUCAAUGAUACGGAUGUCAACCCCGAUGGUACCCCGUCCUUGUUCCCCAAAUCGACGUCGAUGCCUGCGUGGAGUUUAGUCCUGUCUGUCGUAUUGCCUGUCGGUGGCGCUUUCUUAUUGGCCUUCUUUUUAUGGCGACGGCACAAGGUCGGGUCUUCGGAUACUGUUCACAGCGAGGAGGAAGAUGAUGAAAAACGUGCGUCUGUCAACUCUAAUACCCCGAUUCUCGAACGACCCGCUGCGUCUUACACGCAAGGUGAAAAGGGCACGACUUUCAGCAUGUUUUCCAAUGCACGUUCGUAA